AUUUUGAAACCUGCACGACGAGACGGCAGGCGACCCUCCAGAUGGCAACAAUUGAGUCAAGUCAAAAAGCCAACGCCCUCAUCAUAAAACAAACAGAUUGGUCAUUGCAAAGAUCAAAUCCAACCACGAUACAACAGAGCAAGCACCUUGCAACCAACCAGACAAGCAGUCCAUUCAAUACUAGUAAUCGACAGUAGUAGUAUAUAGUCGACCAUGGCGCACACAAUGGGAGCCACCAAGCCGUCCGAUAUUCCGCAGGAGGUUCCAAUGUUCUUGAGAAAAACCUACCAUAUGAUUGACAGCUGCGAUCCGACUAUAGCUUGCUGGAGUGACGAUGGCGAAACCUUUAUAGUGAAGGAUCCUAGCAAAUUUGAAGCUACCAUCAUUCCCCAGUUCUUCAAGCACUCUAAGUUUACUAGCUUUGUCCGCCAGCUCAACUUUUACAGUUUCAGAAAAAUCAAGUACAUGGACACGCUACGUCUAGAUCCAAAGCUAGAAGCGCAAACCGCUAACUACUGGAGAUUCAAGCAUGAUAAGUUCCAACGGGGAAAACCAAAUUUGCUCACUCAAAUCAAGAGAAUGACGGCGUCUCAGUCCAGGGCUCAGGCUGCUGCCACUGCUUCUACUUCUGCUACCAGCAAUAACAAGGCCACUCCAUCUUCUGUCAAGUCAGAUGCCAACUCCACACACAACUCUACUCACUGUGAUCAGAACAAUGAAGCCAUGCAGUCGGAAAUUGACAUUCUCAAGAAACAACUAGAGGAAAUGAACAAAAACAUGAAUGAACUCACCAACAUGGUUCAGAAAGUAUCCAUCAGUGACCCACAACCAAAGGAUGUCCCCGUGGGAAACAAACGCAAAAAGGUGGAGAUUGUGCUUCCUCCUCAGUCCGUCUCUUCUUCUUCUGUGGCGGAUGCUCCUGCCGAGUUGCUUCCCGAUGCCGCUCUCGAUCUACUCAUGGAAGCCAAUCCGGAGGAAUUAUUCACCACUGCCACGGAUGGAAUGAUGGAUCUCGAAACCGUAUCUUCUUAUCCCAUGCCAGAGCCGUUACCAUCCACAAGAGCGUCUUCUAUCGCAUCCAAUGCUACCGACUCGGAUUUUGUCGAUCAGCUCUUCUCGGCAUUUGGACAAGAUGAAACCGCUGUUGAGGACACUGCCAUGGCUUUGGAUGCACUCCCUGAACCAACAUCGGUCGGAUCCAGUUCGUCCAGUCUCUCGUCACAGUCGCAUUGGAACCCAUCCAAGAAGAAUAACAACAACAACAACAAUCGCGCAGAUCCGGUCUUGAUGGACCGGCUCUCGGAAGCACUGGCAGUAUUGCCCAAGGACAUGCAGGAACAAAUUGUCAAUCGGCUCAUUGACUCUAUCACGUCCAAUGCGCUAUUGGGACCUACCACUGCCACACAGGCUGUGGUUGUGCCAUCGAUCAAGAAGGAUGAUGACGAAGAUGAUCUGACGCCACAAGCCGUGGCCACGCCAGCGAACGACUUGGAAGCACUUGGUAUGCCAUUGGCUGCCGCUACUUUGGCGUCAUUGCUCAGCUACUACAGCAACCUUGUCAAGGAUAAUGAACAACAACAACAAGCCGUCAACAAACCCGUCAAGCCCCUUCCCGUCAUUCCAUGCCAUGCAUAAGAACAUGACACGAUACUGGGGACUACCACUACUAUUUUCACAACAACAACAACAAUCUACGCACACUACUGACUGUCGGCUUGUACCCUUCAGUGGAAGAAAGUGUUCGUCGUGCCUUUCUCCGCUGGAUUGGGUGGGUCGAUGGAAGACUGAUACGACACGGAUGGAUCUAUAAUGGCUUACGCUGGCAGCCUGGUGAGCUCCGUCAACGACAAACACGCCAGACAACAAAAUACCAGCGCCGAUCCAUCCUUCAUUUUGCAUAUUCAAAAAGCGAUUCGACAGCGACACGGGCAUCAAAGGUACCCAGGCUGUACGACGCUACGUACAUGGCUCUGCAAUGACAAUGACAAAAUUGCCGCUACAACCCACAAGAACCAACGAUCUAGCUAGCUAGAGGCUCGCUCGGGGCAGGGGAUGCUCCUGCUGUGGGGUUGGGUUGGGUGGCCCGAAAACGAAGAAAAACUAGAUAAUCCAAAAAAUGCUAGAAACAAUUCAAAAUGCUACGGAU